ACUAUUUUCUUUCAUCCUUCCCUCCCCCGUGUUUUUCUGCUUCCCAAAAUAGCCUGUUCUAAUAUUAUCCCUCAGUUGAAACAGAGUCUAUUCGUUUUAGCCCGGAUCCCAUGAGGACGCAACGCAAUUAUCUAGUCCCCUGUGUGCCGGAUUCCGAAAUCAGACUACAUUUCCCGCGAGAGCACGCAACCCAAGCCCCUCCUUGCCCUCUCAGUGUUUGAUUUCACUGGACGGUGGCCGGAAAAGGACAAUGGUUUCCAUGUCAGCGGAUAAACGCCGUCUCCACAGCUCCUGGACGCGGAGGGAGGUUGUCAGUCGUGAGUGUGUGCUGGGAAGCGAAGAAGCAACUAAGGGAACCGAUGCCCGAGAGAACUUAGAGCCAUGCCACGCAGGGGUUUAGUGGCUGGGCCGGACUUUGAGUUUUUCCAGCGUCGCUUUUUCACGCCGACGGAGGUGGCCCAACACAACCGGCCCGAUGACCUCUGGGUGUCUUACCUGGGGUAUGUGUACAACCUGACACCGUUGGCAAAGGAGUACAAAGGGGAUCUGCUGCUGAAACCCAUCGUGGAAGUUGCGGGCCAGGACAUCAGCCACUGGUUUGACCCAAAGACUAGAGACAUCCGCAAGCACAUAGAUCCGCUGACCGGCUGCUUAAGGUACCGCACCCCGCGGGGCCGCUUCGUGCACGUCCCACCUCAGCUGCCCCGUUCUGACUGGGCCAAUGAUUUCGGGAAGCCCUGGUGGCAGGGAUCGCGUUACGAGGUCGGGCAGCUGGCCGCCAAAACCCGGAACAUCCGCAUCAUUAACACGCUCACGUCGCAGGAGCACACACUGGAGGUGGGGGCCCUGGAGUCAAUGUGGGAAAUCCUACACCGCUAUCUCCCCUAUAACUCACAUGCUGCCAGCUACACAUGGAAAUAUGAAGGGAGGAACCUGAACAUGGACUAUACUCUGGAGGAGAAUGGGAUCCGGGAUGAGGAUGAAGAAUUUGACUUGCUCAGUAUGGACAGUACAUUCCACAUACCUGCAUUACUGCUCUAUUUCAACGAUGACCUCACUGAACUAUAAGGAAGGAGUUGUAUGUUCAUGUAGACUCAAGACACACUUUGAGUUUGGUGGUUUCUGGGCCCUGAAGAGGUAGGGGUGUGUGUGUGGGGGGGGGGGGGGAUGCCUGGACCUAGACUUCCACACCACUCUGGGAUCUGGCCUGUGGUUCUCAUGUCCUUCUGAACUCUAAAGGACCUGUUCCCCAGCUCCAGUACAAUUUGGAUAAAAUUAGGGAGAAUGCUAGAAGUGAAUGAAUUAAUUUUUAGAAUUGAUACAAGACAAAGAUAUCCUAGAUUAGAAAGAUGUAGAAGAUAAUGGUCAGAUAGAGCUCAGGCAGAACUUUUUUAUAGUGAAAGAGAAGUCCUAUACAGGAAUAAGGGGUGGAAGAGCCUUUUUGGUGAUGAUGGAAAUGGGAUGGCUGCAGGAAGAUGAGAUUUACAAAGAGAGGAAUAGGAAAUGUUUAUAAGGAACAACACAAAAGUGGCUUAUCUCUCCUUUGAAAUAGCAUUUUGGCAGCUAAGCCCCAGGAAAAGAAAGGAAGUACCUGGUUACCAGGUAAUUCAUUAUGCUAGGUGCUACCGAUCAGGCGGUAUUUUACAGAUGAGUCUUCUGAGGCUUAGGAAUAUUUAAUAGCAUUGAAGGCACACUAGUUAGUAACCAUCACAGCUGGGAUGCAAACCCAAGUCUGCCCAACUCCAAAGUCCCUAUUCGCAAUGUGAAGGGAAUGUCUCAAUGUCUAAUCUCUGGCUAACAUCUGUAACCACUGCUUGCAGACCAGACCAAGGGUUUGGAAUGUGGGUUUUCCUAGGACAGCUGCACAAUGGGGAACUGAAGAUCUAUUACAUAGUCAGCCACUUCUUUCUGCAGUCAUUGUCUUUGAAAGGGAGCUGGCGCAAUUCUCCAGUGGCAGAGGAGGAGUCAGGGAAGAGUAAAUGUCAGUUAAGCAAUAGCUGUUGAGGCUCCUUUCUGCAAAAUGUUUCUUCUGACUUUUUGAGGCAAAGAGGUAGGAAUUUACUUCAGGAAAAACUGAAGUAAAUGAGGAAAAGGGCCAGGGUAUUGAGACACUUGGCAUAAGGGGGCAAAAAACGGGCAAAUAGAACAGUAGGCUCAGGAUGGGCCUGGGCCACUCAGGGAAGGUGAGGAAGACAGGGUGCACUUUUGCACAGUCAUGACUCAAAGAAUGGACGUGACAGGGAUAAUAUCAAGAAAGGAGCCAAACAAGUCAGAAAACUCUGCUGGUAACCUAAAGAGAACAACCAUGCGGGACAGUGGACAGAUUUGGUGGCCUUUAACCUAAACAGGGAAAGGGAAUGAGAAUAACAGACAGGUGAAUUUCCUGGCAGCAGCAGGCAAAAAAGAAUUAGGGGGAGGUUAGUGCAUCUUCCUGGCAGCGGGCUCCAGGGCUCAGCCUAACAGAAGGGGGCCCCUGUGAGACCCUGGGGGGAAGCACAGGAGUUUUUUGAAGGGCUGUGAAAGGCAUGAACAAAGGUGGAAACAUCCAUACUGGCUUCAACAGAAUCUGAACUCACUGUGAGACUGAGGGCUUCCAUUCAUUUCCAUGUAAUACAGCAGGAGUCUGUGAAUUAUCUGAACCAAUCAUUUUGAUGUUUAACUGACUCCCAUUUGUUUUGUAUCUUUUUUGCUCAGUUAAACCCUAAACCAUUUGAGAGUCAAAGCUAUACUGUCCCUCUAGCACCAGCCUCAGGGCUUGGGCUUGCGAGAUGUGCUCAUUAUCCUGCCCGAACCGGCCCCUUUUCCGGAGUCUCCUACUUCAGUCCCGUUUACCAGAAACACAUCCCUCUCCCCACAUACCUUGUCACUCUCCAAGUAGAUUCUACCUCCUAAAGAUCUCUGGAAUCCCUCUUCUUUUCUCCAGGCCACCAUUACCUCUUGCCCAGACUGCUGUGGAAGCUUCCUAAUGUGUCCCUCAUUUCCGCUUCUGCCCAGCUCACACUGCAGUCAGAGUGAUCUCUGACAAACCAACUUAUGCAUCCAACUUUCCCACUUCAGAUUCUUCAGUGGCUUCCAAUUGUUUUCAGAAUAAAGUCCUAAAUUCCAAAACCUGCAUAAUUCGGGUCCUGCCUACCUUGACUCCCUGGCUUUCAGUACCUUAAUGUCUUCUUGCCUCAGAGCCUUUACACAGAUUGUUCUCUCUUCCCUGGAGAGAAUGGAGGGAUCACUCUCCUCCAUUCUUACCUAGCUGAUCCUAAAUGUUUCUUCCUUAGGGAGGCCUUCUCUGAGUUCUCAGUCUAAAUCAAGACUCCCUGCUAAAUCAUCUCUCAGCAUUUUUCAUUCAGAGUACUUAUUACAAUUAUAAUUUAAAAACUGGGCACAAAACAAGUCUUAAUAAAUUUAAAACGAUUGAAAUUAUUCAAAGCACAUUCUCUGACCAUAAUGGCAUGCAACUAGAAAUCAAUAACCACCAAAGAACCAGAUCUUUCACAAAUAUAUGGAGGUUAAAAAUUACGGCUGAAUUGGCUGGCUAGUUGCUAGACUGUAAGCUCAUGAGGGCAGAGAUCUCAUCCAUCUUGUUCACUGCUGUUUUCCAGUGCUGGGCACACACUGGCUGCUCAAUAAAGUUUGAUUGAGUGAACUCAAAUGGUAUGAAUUCAUCUUUCUGUAAUAACUAGCGGCUGGGAUGCUGUGUUCUGCGAGGCAAGGCAAGAGAACAGGAUAUAGGCUGCCUGGAUCCUGGACUGUAGUCUCUAUCCGCAUCUUUCUUUGCUCCCCAUAGAUCUAAGACCAAAAAUUACUGGGGGCAAUCCACCUGUCAUUUCCCCAUACGGCCACCAGGUGGCUGUAAUCACCUGUAGAGUCAGGGACAAGGGACAGGACAGGGGAAAUCCCAAGCCUCCAAGAGGUUAGGGUUGAAGAUGACUCUGAGAUUUAUAGUAGAAAGGAGAGUCAGGAAAAAACAAAGCAGAACAAAGCAAAAAACUUACAUGGCCACCAUUCUGUUAGUGUUGGGUUUAUUCCUGCUUUUAAUUGUUCCAUGAACACAUACCAGAGAAGGGAGUGCAGUCCAAGAAGUGAAAUUCAUUGGAAAGGACAAGUAGGGGGUCCUGAUUACAGACAUGGAUGUGUACAGAGUACAGCACAGAGCUGAUAAAGGAAAAAAGGCAUAAAAUUUUUUAAAAACAAUAGGGUACAUUUAUAACUAUUGACUCUUUUAUUUUUAUUUUUAUUUUUUUUAAAUAAAGCUUUAGGCACUGCCUCUUUCCCUAAAAAUCCAAGACUGGAUAUUUAUUUGCAUGAGGGGUAUGUACAUAAUGCCUCAGCUUAAAACCAAGAAUGUACAUAGAAUGUGAGCAAGAGGUCCAAGUCCUUGUGCUGUCUCUUUCAGUUUAGAAGGAGGUUGGGUGGAGGAUGGAGUAUGAAAAGGAAAGCUGACAUCCUCAGUAAACCACAGCAGCUUCAAAGGACUCAGCUAGCAAAUAUUUCCCACAAGCCAGGGUUUUUACAUGUACACAUCACCGGGGAAAACAGAGAAACAUAAAUGGUCUCAAUUCCUGGGCCCUUACAGGAAGCUGGUCCGCUCAUUGGGAUAAAACAUACACAAAAAGGUAAAUGAAAAAGUAGUACAUGAUAAAGGAUCAAAUAUAUGGUAUAGAAAAAGUUGCUACCAUCCUUAUGGUAGGUCACAAGUGGAGUCUUACCCUGGACCUCCUGAAACUGUUUGUAAAUAUUUACUCUGUGUGUGCACAUGUGUGCAGAUGUGUAUUAUUUUGAAG